AACGAAAGAUGUAAAAAAAACUAAAUGCAAAACAAAUGAUGAUACAAAUGGAAAAAAAUUGUUGUAUUUUGACCUUUUCCUAAAACCACGUGAUUUUUAUACAAUUUAUCAUCACUCAACGAUAAGUAUCACAUUAGAACAGAUGAAUAAUUAAAAAACUUAGUAUAGAUGGGUAAAAGGGUGUAGGAAUUAAUAAGUGAGGAUAAAAUCAUUGCAGGGUAGAACAAAAGUUCGUAAUAGUCUGUCUUAUUGGCAGGGUCUGACAGACAAAAUUUCUAUUGUAUAUGUAUGUAAAAUCAUAAAGUUUGUUUAUCGGUUUCAAAGUCUAAGAUUUAAAUAACUAUUGAUAGAUGAGAUUAGAAACUUACUGCGCCUACAUUACAGUAUAUUCAGUUAAUUGGUGAAGCGAGUUGAUUCUUCUAAACAUCGGAUUAUAUAGAAUGCUUUAACCAAGAAAUAUUUUAGAAAUUCAUUGAAAGCAAAUAUAGAAAUGGAACCAAAGAAAGAAUAUACUUGGAACGAGAAAGAGUUAGAAGAAUUUCGGAUGGCUGUUAUAAAAGAGGAAGGACUAAAAUGCAGAACUGACGACAUAUUUCUCUUGAGUUUUUUAAGAGCAAGAAAAUGUGACAGAGAAAGAGCUUUGAAAUUACUUAAAAAUUAUUAUGCAAUAAGGAAGAAGUAUACAGAUGUAUUCAAAGACCUUCGGCCUUCAGCAUUGGAAACAUAUUUACAAAUGGAUAUAAUGUGUUCCAAACGAUUAGAAACAGGUCAAGUAUUGGGACUUGGAAGAGCAAAUCAUUGGGAUCCAACUAAAGUAAAACCAAUAGAUAUAGUUAAGUGUAUAAUACUUCUUAUGGACAUGGAAGUAAAUGACCAUCCGAUGCAAGUAAAUGGUGUUUAUGCAUUAAUAGAUGCCAAAACAGUAUCAUGGAGACAUGCUAUCCAGUUUACACCAAGAGUACUUUACUUGAUUCUAUCAUGCUUUUUUCAAUGUGCUCCGAUUCUUCAUAAAGGGGUUCACAUCGUUAAUGUUAACAAGUGCAUUCAUGCCAUUAUUGCCAUGGCGUAUCCAUUUCUUCCUUAUAAAAUAAAACAAAGGAUUCAUUUUCAUGGAUCUAACAUGAAGGAUCUCCACAAAGAAAUCGAUCCGAAAUAUCUUCCUGCAGAAUUUGGUGGUGAAUUGCCACCUUUUGAUUCGACCGAAACUAAACAGCGGUUGAGAGACUUGGAAGAAUUCUUUGUAGAAAACGAAAAAUAUUGGACUGAAGACAAAAAUAACUGAACGUUGAAGUAAAAAUAUGUUGUUUGUUAUUAUAUAUUGAAUUCUGUAUAUAAAUUUACAUUCGAAUUAUGUUGUACUUCUU